AUGGCGCAAAGACUGUGGCUCCUCGUCGAAUGGGUAGAUGAACGUAACGUAUUCUCAAAUUAUGGUGUUGUUAAUGCUGCUUCCUUGAUAACUGAAGAUAAUGACUUGCAUACGGGCAAAAUUGUUCUAGUACGGGAUAGGCACAAUGGUAUUACUAGGAGAGGACAAGUACUACGGAUAUCGGAUACCAAGCGAUACGUAAAAGAAUUGAAAGUAAUGUUAGAAAGACAAGACAAUCAAGUGAAGAAUGUUCUAUCAUUAUGUAUGAAUACAAUCAAGGAAAUGAAAACUGGGACAUUGUAUAACAUGGGCGGAAAUCAUUCUUCUCAAAUGAACUCAAGCAGUCACGUGCUACAAGGAAACAACAUUGACAGCAGCGAUAGUGAAACUGAUCCAGAGGGUAACUCAGAACUUAACUUCACACAAUCCUCCAUCAAGUUUAACUCAGCUCAAAACCGAGCUGAAUCAUUCAUGAAUAACCCACUUAUUCGUACGCUACAUGAAAAAUCUCUAAACCGCCGAUCCUUAGCUAGCAGCACACCUCUUCCUCCACGACAUACCAACGAAAUUACAAAAUUAACAUUCGAUCAAGCAACACAAACAGAUGCCGUCCCGCCUCCCGCAGAAAAAAUUGCGGAGUUAGAAGGAGUGAUAAAAACACUGUAUAAACAAUUUUUAAAUUUGACGAACAAUUUAGAAAACCUCGAUGCACAAUCCCUUUCGACAGUCAGAACGUCAGAAGAGAGAUUUUCGGAAGUUGAAUUACCACAGGGAGAUGCGUCUACGUCUGAAGUCCAUAACGCGUCAAGCUCUAAAACCGAUGAGGGUAGAAGAAGUCUUACCGGUAUAAAAGUUAGAAGAGCUUCUGCGCAGACAACAAAUACGUCUUGCAAUGAUUUAUUAUCUGUGGAGAAUACUGUAGAUAUGGUACCAAUUGGAAGCGGCAAAGUGACGGUACCAGCGAGGCUAUUAAAGGAAAUAGAUUGGACUUCGCACACGUCAGCGACUAGGCAAUUACUGCAAGCCGUUUUUCCAAGAAAAGUCUUAGCAACGCAUUCGCUGACCGGUAAGCAGUCCCCCGCAUUCGCUGACAAACCUGCAAAGAAAUGUCUGGAUCCUAAUAUGGUGGACGAUAUUGUUAACACGGUGUCUGAGCGAUGCAAUGUUCCCAAGAGAAUAGUUAGAGGCUGCAUAACAACGAAGUGCACGGAUGAAGCCAAACUUUAUCGAAAUCGUCUGAUGUUUAAAAACUCCCGUCAACAUCAGAACCAAGAAAACCAGCCACCAUCGCCUGGGUCUUCAAACGAAUGUGCAAAUGCAAGAGAAUAAAUAAAUAUAAUAUCACCAAAAUAUAACAAUUAUAUUUGGACAUUUUUAAAUAAUUAA